ACUUUACUCAAAGAAAGAGAAAAGAAAAGGCAGUCAUUGAUACAUCCAUGUCUUUAUCUCCCAAGGCAUUCAUCCAGAGAUUUCUCUCAGAUGUUCAAGAAAAACACACUUAAUACCCUCACCUGUUUUCUCUGGACCACGAUCAUGUUCAAAACCAAAACCCCAUGAUUUUUUUGUCUCUAUUAUCACUCUCUUCACCUCAAAACUCAAAACAAAACAAAUCCAACAUUCAACAACACAACACAAAGCAGAGAUGAAGAUUCAGUGUGAUGUGUGUCACAAAGAAGUGGCUUCCUUGUUCUGUCCUUCAGAUGAAGCAGCUCUCUGCCAUGCUUGUGAUCGCACCAUCCACCAUGCCAACAAGCUCGCAGACAAACACAAACGCCUCUCUCUCAGCAACCCCACUUCGAAAUCCACCACCACUCUCUGUGAUAUCUGUCAUGAGAAGCGUGCUUAUGUCUUCUGCAGAGAAGACAGAGCUCUACUUUGCAGACAAUGUGAUGUUUCCAUCCAUGAUGUCAACGAACACACCAAGACACACGACAGGUUUCUUCUCACUGGAAUAAAGCUCGAAGAAAAAACAAGAACAACCGUUUCAAACGAAAAUAUUGGUUCUUUUGGUUCUUCUCGCACGCUUUGUGACACGAGCUCGGUUUCAACAAGUAGCAUAUCUGAGUACUUGAUUCAGACCAUUCCUGGUUACUGCAUGGAAGACCUUUUAGAUGCUUCAUUUGCUACAUCAAAUGCUUUCUCUAAGGAUUAUGAGUUUCCGAAUGAAGAUGUUCAAGUGAGCAUGUGCUCGAUCCCACUGCAAUCUCAAUUUAGCAGUGGUUCCAAUCUUUGUCCUCAGUUUGAUUCUUUAGUUGGAGUAAUUGAAAUGCCAAAAGCCAAAGCUGGGGAAGGAUACUCCAAUUGGGUUCAUGAUUCUGAUUACGCAGCCUACAAAGUUCCCUCGAUUACUCAUCCUUUAGUAAAAAAAAGUAAACGCUCUCGUUGAUCAAUUCUAUGUGAAAAUUUGUUGCAGAAUUCACAUACCCUUGUUUUGUUUUCUGCAAUUUUUUUCUUUUUCUGUAUAAAGAUUGGGGACUAAAACCACCAAAACCCCCUACUUUCUGGAGAUCCUAGUUAAAUGGGUCUUGUUUUCUGUAUUUUCUUUUUCAAAAUUUUGAAGCUUUCUUUUUUGCUCUUUUAA